AUGUCCCCUCCGAUCAGAGUCCUCGGUCUACAUGGGAAGGGCUGCAACUCUGAAGUGUUCAGGUCGCAAACAGAAAUAUUUCGGAGACUUCUGUCCGAUCUUCCCGUUCAAUACGAUUUCCCCGAUGCCCCUCUUCCCAGUCCACCAGCAGCAGGUGUAGGGAUUGUAUACGAGCCGCCAUAUUAUGCAUACUGGCACAGCGACAACCUCAAAAGUAUCGAAGAUAGCUGUUCGUGGCUCAGGACCUAUAUGACCCGCAAUGGCCCUUAUGAUGCGGUGAUGGCAUUCUCCCAGGGCGCGAUGUUAGUCUCCAGUAUGCUACUUCAAGACGCGGCAGGCAUAUCCAAAGCACUAUCGCCGGUUAAGGCGGCCAUUUUCUUCUCUGGGGGUCCUCCGUUGACAGUUAUGGACAGUCUUGGAUUUGACAUUCCAGAAGACACCUGGGAGAGGGACAGAAUAUCGCGCUUAACGUUAGACGUGCAACCACACCAUCAAGCCAGCAAGGAGACAUGGCAAGGGCCUUCCCUUGCGAAAUAUGAGAUCACAGAAGAAGAACUGCGAGCGGAUAUCGCGGGGCCAUGGACAAUCACGAUUCCUACUCUCCAUGUUUACGGAUCCAAGGACCCCCGAUACGAAGCAGGGGUGGAGCUUUCAGCAUUGUGUGAUUCGACUCGCAGGCAAUGUUACACACAUGACGGUACCCAUGAGAUACCUCGGUCUCCUAUUAUCAAUGAGGAGAUUGCAAAGCUUAUCAGAACGCUCUUGUGUAACCUGCAGCAAUGA